AUGUUAUACACAGCUGUUUUUUUCUGGAUUUCAAGACUCAUGGCAGAAUGCAGGCAGUGUACAACUAUAUUUUGCACGGAAUUCAUUCAUGUGCAGUGAACAAAACCUCCAGUAUCUGUGAGUUUGUUUUUCCACAGCAGCGUUAGAUGAGGUAAUGUCUCGGAAAUGUUAUAAUGUUAUUUCCAGUGGCAGCAGCAGCAGCAGCUUCGGGCCACACUAGUUUUGUUUCUGAACUUUAACUCCAGCACAGUCUUGCUAGCAGUCGGGACUUGAGCCGACGGCUCCUCGCACAAGUUGUGGAAAACCAUGAGGACGGAGGAACAACUCUACAGGGAGGGAUUGUUGUGCCGUGCGGGACAGGACAGCGGGGCGGCUCCGAUCAAAAAGCGUCUCCUUGAAUGGGGCGGUGUGUUUUGAUCCCCUCUGCCUUCCUGCAAGAGCUGUUUCUGGACCGUCAGGGGGACAGCGGUCCGACCGGCGGGGAGGGACACGGCGGAGGGACUCCUUGCUGCCUUGCUGCCGUGCUGCGUGCUGAACACAAACCAGACCACUUUGGCUUCUUGUGAGGCGACUUGGUGAGAUUAUGAUUCGGAAAGGCCUCCUGCUCGGUCCGCCAACAAAGGAAACGACUGUUGCCUCUUUUAUUCCACUGCUGCGGCCGCAAACACAGUCAGUCACUGACUUAAGUUAAAGUUGACAAAGUAGCUCUCGAGAGUAGUGCUGCUCACGUGCGCCUGCGCAUUUACGCACGCACGCACACACAUACACACGCGCGCGCUCCCUUUGUUUGGAAGUUUUCUGUCAGUUGAAAGUCUGACAUUUUGAUUCCAGCUGUUGUCCCGAGAAAAACAAGUUCAAGUUCAGUUUGAGUGGAUGUGUGAGGAUGGUGGAGAGCCGGAGCUGCGUCCAGAGGGAGGGGGUGUACCGCUGGUUCUCCUCCCUCACCUCAGCCCAGAGAGCCGAGUUCCUGUGCGGCCUUCUGGACCUCUGCGUCCCCAUCGAGCUCCGCUUCCUCGGCUCCUGCCUGGAGGACUUGGCGCGCAAGGACUACCACUCCCUCCGGGAUGCGGAGAUCAAGGCCAACAACCCCGCUGACCUUUCGGGCCUCACCAACAUCACGGACGAGGUGGUGCGCAGCAAGCUGCUGGUGUCCCUGGCCCUGCUCGGCUCGGACAACAGGGAGGCGGCGGGGGUCCUGUACCGGACCCUGACUCACAUAGACACGGUGAUCAAUAACUACGGCCUGGCGCUGAACGACGGGAGGACCGAGGAGCAGUUUCUCUUACUGUUCACCAUGGCCUCGCACCACCCGGCCUUCAGCUUCCACCAGAAGCAGGUGCUGAGACAGCAGCUCGGCCAGAUCCAGGACAUCCUGCAGGUGAGCAGUGGAGGAGGAGGAGGAGGAGGAGGAGAGGCUCAAGCAGCUGGCCCCAGCGGGGACCGAGCUGCUGUCUGUUACACUCAGCCACACCACCACUAUCACCAUCAGACCGUGUCCCUGCCUGUGGCCUCGUUGUCCCCCGCUGCCUGCUCCCUGCCUGAUGCCAGCGCCACCUACCUGCCUCUGUCUGCCUGCCAACCCUGCCAUACACACUGCACCUGCUGGCACAAGAGCCAGACCAGAGAGGCCGGCACAGUCUCUGGGGUCAACAUGGGACGACGAGACCAAUUAGUCAGCCAGGAGCUCACCCCUCCUCACCAGGACCUCCCUCCACCUCCUCCUCUUCCUCCCCCUCCUCCUCCUCCUCCUUCACCACCACCUCCUCCUCUACCUGCUGGGCAAGGCCAGGAUGCAGCAGCACCAGCCAAGAACCACCCGGGGAAAGCAGGAAAAGUGGGGAUUGAGAAGGUGGUGCUGAGAGGAGUGACACACAAGUCUGAAGACACCAGUGAAUAUGUGUUCGAGGCAAGCUGGUCAGAUGGUUUCGUGUCAUCCGUUGUCAGAACUCAGCAGGAGUUGACGGAGCUGCUGUCCCAGUUAUCGCAAGCAUUUCCUGAUGAAGCAGUGGAGAAAUUUCUCCCUCAGUCCAUAGAGCUGAACCCCAGGUGUCUGACAACGCUGCCCUGCCAUGUCCUCCAGCACCACAGCAUCCAGCUGUUCUUCACCUCCGCCAGGCCUCUCUCACCAAACUGUCCUGCCUCCCUUCCUCCAUUAUCCCCCCCUGUUCCUAUGGCCCCUGUAGCCCCGACCUGCCCACUCACCUCCAGCUCUAGUAAGUCUUUGUUUUCUAUUAUUUUCAAUGAUAUUCCCUUAAUUUAUUUUUUCUUCUGUGAGACGAGACAUAACAGUCCCCCUGUGCCGGCCCUGCCCACCCAGUGCUCCAUGGCAGUCGGAGGUGAUCUCUCCUCCCAGCCGCAUCCCCAACACAGUCAGUCACACUCGUACUCUCAGCCCCAGCAGCACUCCCAGCACCACCUUCAUCCGCAUACCAGCAGUCAGUCCACCGCACAGCCUCAGUCCCUGCACCUGUCCCAUUCCCAGCCAACAUCCCACUCACAUUCCCAGUCCCUUUUAUACACCCAGUCCCAUUCCCAGUCCCGUUCCCAGUCCCAUACACAGGGCCCAUGCCAGUCCCAGCCCAACACCCCAGAGCAGAACGGCAUCCUGGACUGGCUCCGCAGGCUUCGGCUCCACAAGUAUUACCCUGUCUUCAAACAGCUCACUAUGGAGGAGUUUUUAGCACUGACAGAGGAGGACCUGAACAAGUACGACCUGACCCAAGGAGCAAAGAAGAAACUCAAGACGCAACUAGAGCUGCAAAACAGGGAGAUGAAGAUGGAGAAGCGGUCCUGCAGUGGCAUCGCCAGGGUGAUGCCUUCCAGUCACAUGGGACCCUCAACACAUCCCACCUCCACUGCAGGUGAGCUGCGAGUGGAGGUGGACACUGUGCCGCACCAUCACCCCGUCUCAACAGACAGCAGCUCGUCCUCAGGCUAUUCCAGCUCUUCCUGCUCCCCCAGAACACCCCUCUGCUGUGACUCCACCUUCGACAGGACCAGAGACAUUCACAGGCGUGUGUCAGGUCCGGACGCAGCAGGAGGGGGUCCAGAGAAGGACCGGUCCUGCCUCUUCAUCCUGAACUCCAGCUGCCCCACAGGCUCCAGUCGCCCCACAGCCCAGGUCCUACCUGUCCAAACCGAUCCAGCUCCUCCUCUCCCUCCCUCCUGCUCCUUCGGCCUCCCGCACUCUCCCUACCACCCCCAGGCCAGUUACCCCCAAACCCUGCUCUCCCCGGUCUCAAACCCAGCACGCAUCCUGACCUCCCCGCGCAAGCCCAGGCCCCCUCCACUGUGCACGGAGGACAGGACUAAGCCGCUGGGCUCGGGCCUGCCUGCAGCUGGUGCGGGCUUCAGUACGGGGCUCAGUGUGGGGAUGGGGGUGAGGCUGGAGAGCCUGUUCCCUGGGCUGAACACAGACGGCUCCUCCACACUCCAGGACUCGGUGGUUUGCCGUGGCCUGGCGGGAGGUGCUGUGGGUCUGAUGGUAGAAACCAGUUCUGCUAUGACCCCCACCUCCAACAGCCUCCACCACGUCUCCCACCCCCCUCUGCACUUCCACCUCUCGUCCUCUUCAUCCCCCUCUCCAUCUGGAUACUACUCCUGCCCACCUUCCUCCUCCUCCUCCUCUUGUCCUCUUUCCUCUCCUCGCCUCUCUUCCUCCUCCUCCUCUUCCUCCUUCUCUUCUUUCUCUUCCUCCUCCUCCUCCUCCUGUGCCUCCACAAAGUCUGGCUCACAGUCUGGCAGCUUCAGUAGUGAGGGUGGCUUUGUUCCCAUGGCAACCCCAAGCAGUGUUCCUGUGGCUGCGGUGCCGGGCAACACAUACUACCCGCCCCAGCCUACCUCUAGCCCCUCCCCUUCCCCCUCCUCAACCUCUUCAUUGGAUCAAAGUUCAGGUCACACCCCCUCCGUGUGUGUCUGCAGCUCCUGCGGUUGUCGGGGGAACUGCGGCACCUAUAGGGCGUUGCCUGGAUACGCAGCAGCUGGCUACCUGCAGCCGUUCUCAGCCGGCCCCUCCCUCUUUACUCUGGGUCCUCUGCUCCAUCUCAGCCCCCUGAUUGCCUCAUCCAACGCCGCCGGCACCGGAGCCACGCCCUUCUCCUACCCGAUGAUGAUGCCACCGCCCCUCUACCGCCACAGCCCUGUGUCACAUGACCAGCAGCAGGGCUUUGCCCUCUACCAGCCCCAUGGCAUUGUGGGAAAUGGAGGGCAGAAACGGGCAGCUGGGAACUUGUCGUGUUAUAACUGUGGUGCCAACGGGCACAGAGCAGAGGAGUGCAAACAUCCGCCCAUGGAUUCAGCACAGCAAGGGACAUUUCGACUGAAAUACACUCCUCACUCUGACAGUAAGGACUCUGGGGACUAAGCAGCUGAAACACCAGUGGAUCUGAACUGUCAUACUCCUGACCCAACUGUACCUCAUGUUCCUGCUGAAGCUAGCAGAGUUUAUAAGGGAUGAGCAGACAGACGGCCUGAUUCUGGGUACAAGCAGGCGACACAAGUCUGUUCAAAGACGGUUGAUCUGGUGACACAGACCCCUUGUAUCCUUUGUAAUACUUUAACCGCAGCUUACAGUGAGAUGAGAGGAGGACGGGAAAGAGACAGAAAAUGUAGACAGAUUGGCGAGAAGAGGAGAAAAGAGGAGCGGCUGUCACAGAUUAGCUUGCAUCCCUCCUCAGAUCUCCACAAACACUGCUCUGCCUCGCGUCCUUUCAGAGGCGUAGCUGGACGUCUGCCUCACGCUCAGAAGAAACACUACAACCAGACAAUCAGCCAUGGUGCAUUACAACCAGAGUCUCACAAUCUGCCUCCCAGCUAAGAGACUGAGCCUUCAUUAGUAUCCUGGCCACUCCCUCAACUGAUUUAUACUGGGUCUAAACUUAAAACCCAGCUUAAUGAAACAGUGCCCUGUUUGUGACAGACUGGAUACCUUGGAUAUAUACCCAUCUCUCUGAACCCACAAAGAAGCGGCAGUGUUAUCUUCCCUGUGACUGAAUCUGCUGGUAUAAAACGUCUCACCCUACUCAAAGCCUUCAUACUUCCGUUUUAUGCUAACUAUCAACAUGUCACUCCAGAAUGCAACUGCCAAUUAAUCUUGGCAAGAAGUUUAACUACCAUCCACAACACGUUUUUAUGCAGCUGUGAGCCGCUCUUCUAUUUCCUUUCAGCAUGGCAUUGUGGGAGAAUAGUGCCCAUGUGUUUUUAGUGUGCAUAUCAACUGUUUUCACUGUACUGUGUCAUAUUUCCAGGGUGAACACAAUACAUGCUCAAAACCUGUAUUAAGGAUUUGUGGACACAGAUAGUUUUCAGAUAUACAUGUACACUGUCUCGGUCAUCCUCCUUUAAAAGGAGCAAAGGAGGAAAACAAGUCCAAGAAAAAACUUUAAAGGUACCCUGUGGUGUUUUGUUUUACCACUAGUGCUGUGGAGCAGUCGGUGGUAAAUAUGGAUGUAAACAGGGCAAAUUUUAAAAUCUUUGAACAGUCGUCUUUGUUUAAUGUGGAAGGAAACAUGUUAGUUAGACCUGAAAGAUACAAACAAAUAAGCACUUUAAUGUAAAUUUAACUUUUGUUUGUUCACAAGAAAACUCCACAGAGUACCUUUACCUUUACCUUUGGCUGUGUAUUAACAUGCGUCUUGGGUGAUCCAUCACAAGUAGACAGCUCUAAGUUCUUCACACCUGGCAGAGUGCGUCUCCAAAUUCAGAUGAACACUUAUAGGGCUGUACACUACUCUGUAUUUUGUUAGUCAGUCAAAUCUUCCAAAAGGACGGUAAUAAUGAACACUAUACGUUCCUUUUUUCAGUUCAGCAAACUCCUACUCUGUAUCAGCCUGAGUUAGAUGCUUUAUCGGCACUAACAGCAGCCCGACAGGAAGUGGCAGUGGGAUAUUAUAAUUAGACUAAAUGAGCAGGACACACUUUUACUUUCUCUGACUACGUGGAAACCAGAUGUUUUCACAUCACAGAUAGAAGAAUAAAGGCAUUAAUGCCAGAGAAAGUAAUGGUGUGCAUCUUGCUCGCCUCCUGCCAGGCUCCAGCCAACAUGCUGGGACAAACAGAGUUAUUGUGUAACGUUUGCUGAAUUUGCAAGAAGGCCCAAAUAGUGUUUAAGAGAUAGUGUUUCACAAAGUUUAUAAAGUUUCUCCUCAUUCAACAACUGUCAAAAAUGUGUGAUUUUUCAAGGGAGUCUGGGGAUAUUGCAGCUACCAGUUCAUCAGUCCAAACAGUGUGUUCACAAACAUCUGCUGCUUAUCUUAGCCGCUAAGAGAACCCAAACACAUCACUUGCAUUACAGUGAACCAAAUGGAAAUCAGACAGCGUGUUUCGUGUGUACUUACAGGACAUCAGUUGGAUAGGCGGUCCUUCAGUGUGGACACAUUGCGUACACACUGCUGUAAUGUGGUCACAUACAGCCUAGACCACCUCCGAAUGUGGUUUGAGCGGUCUGUCCUGUCACCUGUAGUUAGAGCUGUCAAAGACGCAUGUUAAUACCAAGGGCAAGUGCCCCUGAUUCAAGGGCCCGAUCAGCGAAGGAAUCAGCUCUAGAAGGUGGAUCCUUUGCAGGAUCUGAGGUUUCUGCUGAACCUGCUGCCCAGUCCCACAGAGACCAAAACAGAUGAUGCAUUCAGGCACUCUCAUGCCAACUUGUUACAUAAGUUAAUGACAAUGAUGUGGCAUUCAAAGGCUGGUGAAGUGUAGAGUCCGGCGAAAAAGAUACCAGGGAUUACAAAACAAGUUGUGAUGUUUCAAACCAACAUUUGCCUGGAUUCAUUGGCCUCAUCCAUGUGACGUAUUAGUAAUCAAUGAGCACCACAGCACUGAUCAUCUGAGUGCUUCAUUAAUGACUGACUGUAGAUGAUCAGAUACUGACGGCUGGAGGACACCCUCCAAAAGAAGGUCUGAAAUGGCCUUGUUGGCUGUGUUGGACUCCAGCCCCUGUGCUAGGACUCUGAAGUGUGUGUGGACAGCUCACACUUGGAAACUGGAAUCAGCAGCUGGCAGUCACAGAGGGAAGCCACACCAUCCACUCUCUUGUCCAUGAAAGCCCGUCACCAGUGCCUGGGGAGAAACCCAUAGCAGCCUCUCUACCUCAGAGCCAACCUGAGAGCAAGAUGGCCUCCAGUGCCAAAUACUGUCCCUCUAUAGCAGGACAAUCAUGCAUGCAACGGAAUAUUUUCAGACACUUCCACAUCUCUUUCAGUGAGUACAGAAUGUGUUUGUAUGUUCACUUCACGCCAGUGUUUGUGUGUUCAUUCAAGCGGGGUGGACAUUUCAAAAGUGCCAUUUUCCUUUUUCAGUUUGAUGUUUGCGAAUGAAUGAAUGUUGAGCGGCCUGGAUGUUCUCUUGAUGCAGCCGACUGUUUUUUGUAAUGAACAUGUACAAUCUUUAUGCAGAGGAAAAUUCAGGACUGUCGAAUUGAAAGAGUCUAAGUAUGUAUGUAGGAAAAGUCUCACAGUGUAUUCCUGUGUCAGACUGCGAGUGAGUUGCCGGGCAGGACCCAGAGUUUUACAGACACGAGGACAGCUGGUCCUUCAGAUGAAACUCUAUCUGUGCCCCUGGAGGGCACAGCACAGGGAUGAGGGGUGUUUAUUUAAAAUGCUAAAUACUGAAUGUUCAGUAUGUAUAACAACUUCUGUCUGUUGAUUAGAAUAAGUCAAAAAUGUGCUUUUGUAUUGUAAUAUAAACGUCUGUGGAGUAUUGCCUUUUGACAGAAAUAUGGGGUUUGCUUGUUCAGCUCAGUGUUCAUUUAACUUUGUGUAACAGUGCAACGAUCUGUAUGAACAAGGCUAGAUAAAAACACUUUCUACAUUUUCUUCAGUGGUUGCACAGUACAAGAAAACUGCCUCCAUAGGUCACACCAAAGAAAGCCUUCUCCCAGAGAGCUCUGUUUUUGUUUUUUUGGAGCUAUUUAGUUAAAGCCAGUCUAGAUCUGUAACAAUCACAGUAGCCGGGUUGAAUCCAGCUCCGGCAUGCAUGUUGCUUCAUCUUUAGUAAAAAUGUGCUUUUGAAAUAUUUGUGUGCGAAUGUUUGAACAGUUUAUAAUUAUCCAGUUGAGUUGUAGGUCAGGUUUUAUAUUGCUUAUUGUGUUUCAAAACUUGUUUUAUUGAGGGAAAAACAUGUUUGAAUAAAAUAUUUUCUGAUUCUGUCUUUCA